CCAAACCCUUAACAAAACAUAAAAACAGAUUCUCUUAAAAGUUCCCAAAAUCAGAACCCCCGAAACGUUUUGCAAUUGUAGAGCAGUAGUUUGGAGAGAAUGGCAAACGCAGAUGCAGAAGCGGUGGACUUCGAGCCAGAGGAGGACGAUCUGAUGGACGAAGAUGGAGGCGUGGACGCCGACGCCUCUCCUAGGGCUCCACUUCCAAAGCUAAAGUCAGCAAUUACCGGAGGUGCAGCUUCAUCACUUUCUGCUCCUAGGAAGACUAAAGGCCGUGGCUUUAGAGAGGAGGCUGAUGCCGACCGCCAAACUCGCCUUGCCUCUCGCGGUGACUUUGAUUCCCUCGGCACCGAUGGCGGGCCCGGCCCCCAGCGAUCUAUUGAAGGAUGGAUUAUCUUAGUCACCGGUGUGCAUGAGGAGGCACAGGAGGAUGAUCUGCAAAAUGCUUUUGGUGAUUUUGGUGAGAUUAAAAAUCUGCAUCUAAAUCUUGAUAGACGGACUGGGUUUGUUAAGGGUUAUGCACUGAUAGAAUAUGAGAAAUUUGAGGAAGCACAAAAUGCAAUAGCCUCAUUGAAUGGAACAGAACUUUUGACACAAAUCAUCAAUGUUGACUGGGCAUUCUGCAAUGGGCCCACCAAAAGAAAGAAUAUGAGAUCAGGACGAACGCAUCGAUCAAGGAGUCCGAGGAGGAGAUACUAAUAAGCUGUGUUGUUUUCUGUUUAGAGGGUGUGUGGAUUCUCAUUGAGGCUUUUGACAUUAAGAAUUGUCAUGGAAGAUUACCAUUUAUGCAUGUUUUGAAUGGGUUUAUGGAUUGAUGAUGUGUUUGCUGCGAAUCCUUCACUUUAUCUUCCAAUUCUGUAACAGUUCGGCACUGAUUUAUAUUUACAACCGUUGAGCUUAGUAAUCAUGUUUUUUGAUGAUUGGAAUA